GCUUUUAGGGAGCAAAUAAAAGGUCCAAUCCGUUCUAGGAGAAAAAGACGACAUCUAAUACAAUCAAGAAACAUAUCUAAGAGAAAAGAAGCCUUUUUUUAUAUAGAAUUGCUCUACAUGCUCUAUUCAGAUGCUGAAAGAGAAUUACAAGCUGAAAAGCGCUUGACGAACAGGUGUUCAACACAAAAAAUGCAAAGAGAACCCCCAAAGUAAAAUCACACCCCAAGCCCUUUGCCCUCAUGCCACCCGUUUCGACGCUGUUAAAACGUACCCUAAGAAAAAGGACACGAGCAAAACCUUUUACACCCAAGCUUGGUGUAAUUGUUACAAUGGCUUGUCUUCAAGGGGUGCAGAGGGGGAGCCAUGGUGUUCGUGGCAUAUCGGUCGAUUGGGGUGAGCCUGCCGGCCAAACCCUAUACAACCUCCUUCUUCGGCGACGGGCUAACAGUGCAGAUUAGCCCUCUGUAGGUGCAUAUCUAAUACUCCCUCAGUCUCAAACUAAGUGUCUCAACCUUAAUACAACUCUGUAAAGUUUUUAAUACAACUUUGUAAAGUUGUACUAAGGUUGAAACACUUAUUUUGGGACGGAGGGAGUAGAACAAACAAACUGUGGACAAUUACGACUCUUUAGGCCUUCCACAGUGUGUUCGAUGCCACAACUCUGAAAAGUAUGCCACGCAGACGAUGAAUGCCAGAUGAAACAUAUUUACCACCGCCCGCACACUGUGAAAGAAUUGGGCAUCGAUUGGGGGCCAGACCCGCACAUAUAAACAAGUAUAUAUCAGCAACAGUUGCCCCGCUAGUAGCGUCUUGUUCCUGGCUCACUCCCGCUUCUUAGCGUCAGGCUUGGUUUAUUGCUUUGUUGGUUCUGGCAUCGGAGCAAGUAGAUGCUCCGGUUACCAGAAAUUUUUUUAUGGCAGCGGCUGGGCAAUGGAGAGCACCGGUGAUGAAGUAAAGGUGAAUUUGGCACCGCUUUUGGCCUACGUAGUGGAGGGCCUUAGAGGCAUGUUUGAAUCGCAGUUACGAUUAAUAAGGCAUAAAAAAGGAAAACGAAACAAAGAAAUCCAAUAGAACUAGUAGAACCAUAAUAUUCCUUCAGUCCAAAAUGGCAUGAACAAGAAUGGAUAUUGUAUAGAUCGGAAAAAGAAAGGAGAAUGGAUAUUGUGUAAGUAGUAUUGUAAUGGUUGCCGUCGCCAUGAUUUGGAAUUUGACUGACCGAUCGAUGUGCCACGGAUGAGCAGAGCAGUGUGGCUGUGGCUUCCUCUCCGGUCCAUUUGCGGGGGCGAAAGAAUAGUCCAUCCGUAGAUCCGUCGUCCGUACACCGGCCGUCGUCCCCGAGGCGGCGGGGAGAGCGACCUAGCUAGAUACUGGUGGUGGGCGCCGACGGCGGCGAGACCCAAGGGAUGGAGAAGACGACAGUCGAGGGGACCUAGGCGCCCCGCCUUGGCCGCUUGCCCGCUGCCAGCCACGGAGCCACGACCGAUGCCGAUGGCCGCCGGAGCCCUCUCGAUCGCCGCCGCCCGCCACAUCCCCCCAUUUAUACCCCCGCCCCCGCCUCCGCCUCCUCCACCACCUGUUCCCCGUCCCCCUCCUCCCCUCCUUCCGGCCCGCAGCCUCCCGUUACAGCGAGCUGGUACUGGUAGCUGACCGACCGUCGCCAUGGACUCCAAGGAGGAGCACCCGCCCGCCGCCGAAGCCAAUGGCCUCUCCGACCUCAACAAGGAGACCGUCGAUCUGGAGCACAUCCCCGUGGAGGAGGUCUUCGAGCACCUCAGGUGCACCAAGGAGGGCCUCACCACCGAGGGCGCCCAGCAGAGGGUCGAGAUCUUCGGAUACAACAAGCUCGAAGAGAAAAAUGAGAGCAAGAUCCUCAAGUUCCUGGGCUUCAUGUGGAACCCGCUCUCCUGGGUCAUGGAGGCCGCGGCAAUCAUGGCGAUCGCCCUCGCGCACAAUGGAACGGACCUCAGGGGAAGGCCGAUGAGUAUAGACUACCACGAUUUCGUCGGAAUCGUCAUUCUCUUGGUCGUCAACUCCACCAUCAGCUUCGUAGAGGAGAACAACGCCGGCAAUGCCGCCGCCGCGCUUAUGGCCCGCCUUGCACCAAAGGCUAAGGCUCUGCGUGAUGGCACCUGGAAUGAAUUAGAUGCAUCGUUGUUGGUUCCGGGUGAUAUAAUCAGUAUUAAGCUUGGAGACAUCAUUCCUGCUGAUGCGCGCCUUCUGCAGGGCGAUCCGCUGAAGAUUGAUCAGUCUGCACUGACAGGAGAAUCACUGCCCGUAACUAAGCAUCCCGGGGGUGGAGUUUACUCUGGUUCGACUUGUAAGCAGGGUGAAAUAGAAGCAGUUGUUAUUGCCACCGGGAUCCAUACCUUCUUUGGAAAAGCUGCUCACCUCGUUGAGUCAACCACCCACGUCGGCCACUUUCAGAAGGUUCUCACAUCGAUCGGAAACUUCUGCAUUUGCUCCAUUGCCAUUGGGAUGACUAUCGAGUUAAUUGUGAUGGCGGCUGUUCAACACAGACCGUACCGCCAGACAGUUGAUAACCUUCUGGUGCUUCUCAUUGGAGGGAUUCCAAUUGCGAUGCCCACGGUUCUGUCUGUAACCAUGGCUAUUGGAUCACACAAGCUUGCACAGCAGGGUGCUAUUACCAAGAGAAUGACUGCAAUUGAAGAGAUGGCCGGAAUGGACGUGCUUUGCAGUGACAAAACAGGAACAUUGACACUCAACAAACUGACUGUAGACAACAAUAUAAUUGAGGUUUUUACUAGAGGUUACGAAAAGAGUGAUGUCGUGUUGAUGGCCGCAAGGGCCUCAAGACUGGAGAAUCAGGAUGCUAUUGAUUUCGCUAUUGUUGCCAUGCUUCCAGACCCAAAAGAGGCACGUGCUGGCAUCGAAGAAGUCCAUUUCCUUCCAUUUAACCCAACGGACAAGCGCACAGCUCUCACGUACUUGGAUGAUAAGGGUAAAAUGCACAGGGUUAGCAAAGGUGCUCCUGAACAGAUUCUGAACCUGGCAGCAAAUAAAUCUGAGAUCGAAAGAAAGGUCCAUCAAGUAAUUGACAAUUUUGCUGAGAGGGGGCUGCGGUCGCUUGCUGUUGCAUACCAGGAAGUUCCUGAAGGUACCAAGGAAAGUGCUGGUGGACCUUGGCAAUUUAUUGGUCUUCUCCCACUCUUUGAUCCUCCCCGCCAUGAUAGUGCGGAAACCAUACGCCGAGCUCUAGACCUUGGAGUCAGUGUGAAAAUGAUUACAGGUGAUCAGUUGGCUAUUGGUAAGGAAACUGGGCGGAGGCUAGGAAUGGGCACCAACAUGUAUCCUUCAUCAUCUUUGCUUGGUGACAAAAUAGAUAGUGACAUCGCGGUCCUACCAGUGGACGAACUGAUUGAGCAGGCAGAUGGUUUUGCCGGAGUGUUCCCUGAGCACAAAUAUGAAAUUGUCAAGAGGCUCCAAGCCAGAAAGCACAUAUGCGGGAUGACAGGAGAUGGAGUUAACGAUGCACCUGCUCUGAAGGUAGCGGACAUUGGGAUUGCGGUGGCUGAUGCAACUGAUGCUGCUCGCGGGGCCUCUGAUAUUGUUCUGACAGAGCCUGGGUUGAGUGUGAUCAUCAGCGCUGUUCUAACGAGUCGCGCCAUUUUUCAGCGGAUGAAAAAUUAUACAAUAUACGCUGUUUCUAUAACCAUCCGUAUUGUGCUUGGUUUUUUGCUCUUGGCGUGCCUCUGGAAGUUUGACUUCCCUCCAAUAAUGGUUCUUCUGAUAGCCAUCCUUAAUGAUGGGACCAUCAUGACCAUUUCCAAAGAUAAGGUGAAGCCGUCUCCGUGUCCAGACAGUUGGAAGCUAGCAGAGAUCUUCGCAACAGGGGUGGUACUGGGGGCUUACUUGGCCGUAACAACCGUUUUGUUCUUCUGGGCGGCUUAUCAGACCGACUUUUUUCCGAGACACUUCCAUGUGCGCACGUUGAAUGUACACAGUAUCGAUAAAGAAGACAUGGAUGCGGUCGCGAGGAACACAGAGAUGCUGGCCUCUGCCGUGUACCUCCAAGUGAGCACCAUCAGCCAGGCCCUCAUAUUCGUGACGCGGUCGAGAGGCUGGUCCUUCACGGAGAGGCCUGGCUUCCUGCUUAUGUUUGCGUUCGUCUUGGCUCAGCUGAUCGCGUCCUUGCUGUCUGCCCUGGCGAUCUGGGAGCUGGCCAGCAUCAGAGGCAUCGGAUGGGGCUGGACGGGCGUCAUCUGGCUGUACAACAUCGUCAUCUACAUGCUCCUGGACCCGAUCAAGUUCGCCGUGCGGUACGGGCUCAGCGGGAGGGCCUGGAACCUCGUCACCGACAAGAAGGUGGCGUUUUCGAACCAGAAGAACUUUGGGAAGGAGGCGUCGCAGGCGGCGUGGGCGCACGAGCAGCGCACGCUGCACGGGCUGGAGUCGGCGCCGGGGCGGGAGAAGGCGGCGUCCAUGGAGCUGGGGCACAUGGCGGAGGAGGCCAAGCGGCGCGCGGAGAUCACGAGGCUGCGGGCGGUCCGCACGCUCAAGGGCAAGGUGGAGAACGCCGCCAUACUCAAGGGGCUCGACCUGGACAACAUCAACAACCAGCAUUACACCGUGUGAUGUGUGUGGUUGAUUCAUUCGGCUGCCCCUGCCCCUGCACCCAUUGUGUUGCUGUAUGUUUAGUGCUGUGCUGUACUGUACUUUCAAGCAUUGAUUUGUGAUAAAUAAAACCUGGUGGAUUUAUUCGCAAUAAUUAAUUAAAUCGAUGAAUUAGCAGCAGCACUCGUUUUGUAUUGGAAGAAUUUUCCAUCCAGAUAUAUAGUCAAGUUAAUGC